GAGGAAGUGAGUGAGUGAGGAGAAGUAUGUGACAGAGUGGAGCGGAGGAGGACUAAACAAUCCAACAAUCUGCUGCUGAACUUCUCUCCAGCAGCUCUGACCGCUGAGACUCAUCAUCUGAUCAUCUAAUCACAAGCAGAAGAAGAAGAAGAAGGCUGCUGUUGGACGCUCACCUGUCGCAGACUCCUUCGAUGUUGUAGGUGCUGAGGAGCUCAGCAGACCGGGCCGAGGUGACGGCGAGAGGUUCGCCAUGUCCCACAGCGAGUCAGACAGCUGCAUGGGCGACCAGGCCCCUCUAUUUCUGGAGAACCACUUCUCCACAGAACUCCACAUAUCUGAGCCCGGCGACGAGUGCUGCCAGCCACCAAGCACCCCCCCAACAGUCCCAUCUGAAACAGCCCCGCUGCCCCAGGAGGAUGAAGUAGACAGGAAGACGUUGCCUCCUCGGGUGCGGGUUUUGAGCACCCAGAGUCCUGCAGCGUUGAAGCUCGGCACCCACCAGCUCAUUCCCAAGAAUUUAGCCAGCCGGCCUAAAAACCGCCACCACACCACCGUGGUGACGUUCCCGGUGGGACUGGAGAACAUCAGCGGCGGGAGUCGAAGCCGUCACUCGACCCAGGGCCCAGAUUUGUCCUGGGAGGAUUAUGACAGCGACGGAGACGGGUUCGCUUUGAGGAGGAACCGCAGGAACAAGUCGUAUAGAGCGGCCGUGACCAGCCUGGACAUUGAAGCUAUGGCGGCGGGACGAGAUACUGGAGCCACACUGAAACCUGUCAGAGAGGACAGAGCGACCAGUCCCGGUCCAGCUCGCAGCCCUGGACGCAAGAGAACCCUGGGCAGAAAGAGGAACCAGAAACAACGUGGCUCCUUCAAAGAUGCUACGCCGCGCCUCUACCAGGAGAUCCGUGAGCGAGGGCUGAACUCCACCAACCAGGACGAGCUGCUUGACGACUUCGUGGUGGUGGAGCCUCCCGUGGAGGACCAGGGCAUCGUGGUGAAGAGCUACCGGCCGAUACAGCUCACGUGGAGCCAGCUGCCACAGGUGAGGGACACAGGUAUCCUGACACUGAUCUCACCUCAGGAGAGAAAGAGACAAGAGGCCAUUUUUGAGAUCAUCACGUCGGAGCAUUCGUACCUGCACAGCCUGGGCAUCCUGGUGCGUCACUUCAAGAACAGCGAAGCGCUGAAGAAGACGAUGACGGCCACGGAGUACCAUCACCUCUUCUCCAACAUCUCCGUCAUCCAACAAGUCAGCAAACGUUUUUUUGAGGACCUUGAACGGCGUCACUAUGACAACCCGGUGAUCCGGGACAUCAGCGAUAUUGUUCAGAACCACUCCGCCCACCACUUUGAGCCCUACAUCGUCUACUGCUCCAACGAGACCUUCCAGCAGAGGACGCUGCAGAGGCUGCUGACCAGCAACAUUGCGUUCAAAGACACUCUGAAGCAGAUUGAAGGGAGCAGUGAUUGCGGAGGCCUGCCCAUGAUCUCCUUCCUCAUCCUGCCCAUGCAGCGAGUCACCAGACUGCCACUGCUGCUGGACACGAUCUGCCAGAAAACUCCAGACAAGACAGCGGAGUACUUCGCUGCUGUUUGGUCGCUGCACGCCAUCAGCAAGUUGGUCAGCAGCUGCAACGACGGUGCUCAGCGGAUGGAGAGGACGGAGCAGAUGUACACCAUCCAGAAACAGAUGGACUUUGGUAAAAUCAAGCCGUUCCCUCUGGUGUCGUCAUCGCGGUGGCUGAAGAAGCGUGGCGAGCUGGCUUUCAGCACUGAAGAGCUCAGCAUCUGGAGGGCGUUCAGCCACCGCAGCUACUACCUGUUCCUCUUCAACGACGUGCUGAUCGUCACCAAGAAGAAGAGUGAGGAGAGCUUCGUGGUGAUGGACUACGCCACUCUGGAGAACGUGGAGGUGGAACUCGGGGAGGAUGCAGAAGGACGGGCGACUUCGCCUGCCAAGAACAACAGCUACUAUCUGUCCUUCAAGCUGCUGAUGAGCAGGAACAGCGAGGGGAGAGCGGAGCAGAUCUCCCUGGUGGCCGAGUCCAGGGUGGACCGGGCCCGUUGGAUAGUCGCUCUCACAGAAAACAAGCAAAGUAAAGAUGGUUUGCCACAGUACGAGGCCUCCAAAGCCUACAUGCCGAAGGAGCCAGACGAGUUGGGGCUGCAGCAGGCCGAGUUCAUCAUCGUGCUGCAGACAGAGGAAGCCUGGUGUUAUGGUGAGAGGAUGCGAGACGGAGAGAGAGGCUGGUUUCCUGCUACCUGUGCCACAGAGAUCACCGACCCCACGGCCAUCGAGAACAACAUGCAGCGCAUGAAGCGCCUGCGCAAAGAAACCAACGUUUGAGUGACUCUCGGGAUGUACGGGUGGGGUGGACGAAAUAACAGGAACACCUUCCAGUAGAUUUCUCAUAAUGUACUGAACACAGUGGUCCAGAAGAGGAAAGACCAGGAUAUGAAAAGCCUCAAAAAUGGCCAUUUAUGCUGUCGUGGUUUCACUAAGAUGAAUUACAACGUGACCAUGAGGUUCCUGGGCUGAAUCCAGCCAGUAUCCAGGUUUCAUGAUACUCUCCAACGUCAGACUGUCCAAAACAAUUACUUUAAAGCAUGACCAUCAGGUGGAAUUAACAGUUAAAUAUCAUAUUUGUUUGCAGAGCUAUUGUACAUAUCAAGGUGUUUAUGUCCACCAUCUAUAUGUGCAGCCGAUAGCAGGACUUACAGGCCAACAGUCUUUACUUGUACAGCGCUGCCUUCUUACUGUACAUGUUAUUUCCUUAUUGAAUGUUAAACUUUAACCUACUUGCUGCAGUAAACAAUGAGCCUCAGGUGCAGCCUUGGUUUUAAUAUGUAAUCUAGGAGCUAUAAAGUUCAGUUUUAUUGUCUAGAUACUCUUUAGUUUGAGAAGUUGCAUGCAAAAAAACAUUGAAGUGUUAUUACCUACACUUUAUUUUCAUGAGACACCUGACCUGAAGAGGAGGAACUUGAUAUUGUGCUAAAUAUUGGUUGCAUUUUCUUGUUGUAUCACAUUGUGUUAGUGUCAUUUCAAGAUGCUGUGGAGGGUUUCUCUGUUAUCCUGGAAAAGGAAAUGUCACCACAGAAUUAUCAAAGUUUUGGCAAAACAUUUACCAUAUUAUAAAAGCAGUUUACAAGCUGAUUUUGGUUGAUUAUAAGACUUACUGCGUUAUACAAGGUUAUAUUUGUCUAAUAUAUCCAUAUUUGAAAUUUAAAAAACACUCCAACUUACUGUAUAAUAUGUAACUAAAAGAAAAAUUUAAUUUGUGUCAUUGUUUAAGCCCAUAUACUUGAAAUAUGAAAAUAAAGUCAACACUCGAGACAAUGUUCCUGGUUUCUGGACUUUUAUUUGAGCUUGCAUUUUGUUAAAAUGUUUGAAUACAUAAAAAGUUAUUUAAAAAUGUCAAACUGACCAGAUAUCAAAUUUCCAUUUUUUCUUUAAAAACCAUUUGGUGUAAAAACUUAGGACAGAUUAGAAAAACAUUGCUGUUUCCCCAAAACGUUUUUGUAGCUGUCACAUAAAAA